CCCCCCAAGGACCCCUUCUUAAAGUCAACGCAGGACCCUUGUCGCAUCGAGGCUGUCGCAUCUUACACUGCAACUUUCCUCUUGACGAACAACUUUUCUGCGCCCUGCCCCAAUUGUUCGAACCAGAUAGGCGCACCUGAAUCUUGGCUUCGACGAUCCGUAGAUACCCAGACCCAGCUUCUUAGUCGUACACAUAAUACCCUACCGGGACCAGGUUUCUUCCUUCCCACGUCCAUAUCGCAUCCUAGUCGCUCUUCCUUCGAGCUUCACGAUAUCAUCAGAAGGUGCAGCUAGGGAAUAGAGGUAGUCUACUCUGAAAUCCAAACAACCGCAAUCAUGAACCGAUCACUCUCCAUCAGAUCUAACCACCGCCGCAACGGCUCCCAGAAUAAUGGCGCCUCCAAGCGCGCUGGAUUCUCCUUCAACUCCCUACGCGGCAACGUCCAGCCCGAGCUCUCACGCAAGCUCUACAAGAUCAUCAAGAGCGAGAACAACCUCAUCAACGCCCACGAGACUGCCGGCCGCGAGCGCACCUCCAUUGCCACUCAGCUCUCCGAGUGGGGCGAACAGACUAACGACGCCGCUGUCUCGGACGUCUCGGACAAGGUUGGCGUCAUCCUCAGCGAGCUCGGCGAGCAGGAGGAACAGUAUGCUCACUCUCUGGACGAUGCCCGAGGUGUUUUGAAGCACAUUCGCAACACGGAGAAGAGCGUCCAGCCGAGUCGCGACGGCAAGGACAAGAUUGCCGACGAGAUUGCCAAGCUCAAGAUGAAGGAGCCCCAGAGCGCGAGGCUCGUGGUUCUCGAGCAGGAGCUUGUCCGCGCUGAGGCAGAGAACUUGGUUGCCGAAGCCCAACUGACGAAUGUCACUCGCCAGAAGCUCAAGGAAGCGUACGAAGCCGAGUUCGCUGCUACUAUUGAGCGGGCCGAGAAGCAAAUCAUCCUUGCCAAGCACGGCCGGCGUCUCCUUCACCUCCUCGAUGACACCCCUGUCGUACCUGGCGACAUGCGUCCCACGUAUCACCACGCUCAACAGGCGCGACAGAUCCUCAACGACGCCGAGGACGACCUGCGUGACUGGCGCCCGGAGCAGGAUGACUUUAACAGCGCACCCUCUGACUCCGUGACCAACGCUAGGGGUACCCAGGACGCAGUACACGACGAGGACGCUAAGAUCGUGGCUGGAUCGGUUCCUGGACACCAGGCAGUUUCGGAGAAGGAUACUGAUAGCAUUGUGAGCAAUGGAACUAGGCAGACCGAGAGCGUUGCUGCUCACUAGAGCGGUACCGGGAUGUGUUGUGCGAUGCUUUCCAGUUUGUAUGAAGGAUAUCAGGAUGGACGGGCUGGGACUGGGAGAUGUUAAUGCUUGUAUAUAAUACCAUUCUUACGGCCGCGCUUUCAUGAAAUACAUGAUAUCAAACGAACCAUUUUCUGGUAUGCGUUUUGACUCAGCAAGAUGGUAUUUUGCAGAAUUGAUCAUAUUAUCUUCUCAUCACCACAACUCAUCUGCAUCAUGUCUUGACCGCAACUUGGGAAGGGGCUGCGCCAAGUAUUUGUUUAGCAACCAUCCAGUGUUGGGGACAUCAUGAAUACCAAUUUUCAAUCGACUUGGUUGGU